GUUUUUCUUCUUUUCCUUGUGCCGCACCGCACCCCCUCCCCUCGCUCGUCUUCGCCGCCAUCCCUCCCUCCUUCUGGCCCAUCCCGCUGCCGAGCGCCGCCCCAGCCCCCUCGCCCGUCUUCCUCCUCGCGCGAGCGCCGCACCGCCAGUUGGUCUCCCCUUGGACUCUCACGCUCCGACCGUUUUUCCUCCCAUUACCCCACGAACGGAUUCCGCCUAGCUGCCCGUUUCAUCUCCUUAAUUUUCUUCAAUUCGUAAAAAUCAAGGUAGGGCGGCCCUACUGGAUCCUUCGCCUGUGGGCUCCAUGGUGUCCGUGCGGAAGGGCCGCGGCGGAGUCCGAAGCCGCCCCCGCGUUGACGGCGGCGGCAGCCUGGCGUCGCGUGUGGCCGUGCUCGCCUUCUGCGUCGCUGGGAUCUGGUCGGCCUACAUCACGCAAGGCGUCCUCCAGGAAACGCUGUCGACGAAGCGGUUCGGGCCAGAGGCCCGGCGAUUCGACCACCUCGCGUUCCUCAAUUUCGCGCAGAACGUUGUCUGCUUCGUCUGGUCCUUCAUAAUGAUUAAGCUGUGGUCGAGCGGUAGCAAUCCUGCCGGGCGGGUGCCGCUUUCCAAGUUCUGGGGCGUCAGCAUCACCAACACCAUCGGCCCCACCAUGGGGAUCGAGGCGCUCAAGUACAUCAGCUACCCGGCUCAGGUCUUGGCAAAGUCUUCUAAGAUGAUUCCAGUUAUGUUGAUGGGGACUCUACUCUAUGGUGUUAAGUAUACACUUCCGGAGUACUUUUGCACCUUUCUUGUUGCUGGGGGCGUGUCAUCCUUUGCAUUGUUGAAGACAAGCUCGAAGACUAUCAAGAAGCUUGCCAACCCUAAUGCUCCUCUUGGUUACGCAUUGUGCUUCCUCAACUUAGCUUUUGAUGGUUACACCAACUCCACCCAAGAUUUAUUAAAGUCCAGGUACCCCAAAACUAACCCUUGGGAUAUUAUGCUUGGCAUGAACCUCUGGGGGACCAUAUACAAUACUGUAAUUAUGUUUGUGGCGCCAUUACUACUCAGUAAUUGGCCAUACGCAAACGGUUUUGAGGCGGUGAGAUUUUGCCAGCAGAACCCGGAGGUGGCCUGGGACAUUCUCAUGUUCUGCCUGUGUGGCGCCAUGGGGCAGAAUUUCAUCUUCCUAACCAUCAGCCGAUUCGGCUCUCUUACUAACACUACCAUCACUACCACGCGUAAAUUCAUGAGCAUUGUCAUCUCAUCUGUUAUCAGUGGCAAUCCACUGUCCUUGGAGCAAUGGGGAAGUGUUGUGAUGGUCUUCUCUGGCCUCUCUCUCCAAAUAUAUCUCAAAUGGCAGAGGAAGAAGGGCAGAGACCACAAGGAAUGAACUAAAUUUUUAUAAGCUUGUUCUGAUUUGUAACUUCGAUUGCACGCAUUUUGCUGCCUAGAUAUCUGGGUGACCAUUAGACAUUACUGUAGCCCGUCAAAAUUGUAGUCCCUCCGAUCCAUAAUAAGUGUCGCUGGUUUAGUAGCUGACACUUAUUAUAUAUUAUUGACUCAUGCAUCUUGAGAUUACUCA